UCAUCAACUUUUUCAUCAAGAUCAAAUUCAUCUAUAUCAACAGUGCCAGAACAAGAAUCUCAAGUUGUUGUUAUUGAAGAGUCAGCAUCAAAAUUAACUCCAAUAACUGUACCUUCUCUAGUUGAAGAAUCAAAUAUUAUUUUCAAUGAUAAACAAGAAGAUUAUUCGUCAUCAUCAUAUGAAGUACCUGCAAUUGGAAUUAAUAUAACAAUGACUGGUGUAUCUCUUGUUUUAAUAGAACUUUAUCCACAAAAUAUCGAUUAUUCUACAGUUAUUUUUCAACGUUAUCUUAUAUCAUUAAUUAUUAAUAAUGAACAUAAAAAUUGGUCUAUACCAAAUGUUAAAUUACAAACAACAAUUGAACAAGAAGCUAAUUUUCGUUUAUUUACAUUAACACAUGAUGAAUUUGAUCAUGUUCUUUUAUAUUUACAAUCAUUUAUAAAUUAUAAUACAUCCAUAACAUCUCCAUUUGUACUUAAUAUAGCAUUAACAGGUGAACAAAAAUAUGAUUAUGAAAUAAAAAUUUCAUCACGUUUAAAUAAAGUUAAUUUAAAUUUUGAUAUUAUACAAUAUCGUGCUGAAUCAUAUAUGAUUGGUUUAAAUUUUUUUCUUGGAAAUAAUCAAAUGAUUAAUAUUGAUAAUCAUGAUGAAUUAAUUGAUAUAUUAGAUAAUAAACAUAUCAAAGAUACAUAUCAACUUUAUCCAUAUAUACUUGUUCAUGCUGAAGCAGCAAGUACAUUUUUUUAUAUUGUUCAUUCAUCAAGUAAAUAUUCUGUAUUAACAUCGAAUAAUUUAUGUUAUAAAACUUAUUCGAAUUUAAUGAAAUUUUUACAACCUGGAUAUGAUCCAAUAAAUGAUGAACAAAUGUAA